AUGAUUGACUCGCUCUUCACAAUUAUCUUAAGUUACAAAAGAUAUAGCCAGGAAUCGGUGAGUUCCUCUGACAACACACUUAGUUGGCAUGGCCCUGGAACUGCCUUUAUGGCCUCACCUGUCCUGAACUUGCCCCUUGCUUUUGCUGCUCCAUCUGUUAGCCAAGUAAUCUUUGCCGCCAGCUCUCCUCUGCUUUUCAGUGACAAUGACCUUUGUGAGGGCAGUCAGCAGUUACAGGCCAGCACAGACUCGGAGGAGAGGUCCACUGUGGACUACUUUAGGUGUGCAACUACCGAUGACGACAGACAGGUUGUCUGGUUUUCUCCUCUUGAUGACCUAUCUUCAUCAAUAUCAAAUCGGCCUGUGUCUGACUCCUGGCAGUAUUCCCGCCAGCUGUUUGAAGGGAAAGCAGAACUCGUUUACCUACUUAACAUUGCAGUGAAGGAGCAGUGUAAUUACAGCUGCUUAUCCUACUCCAGUGGAUGUAAUGGUGGAGCUAUAAUUACACUGCUCCUCAGCUGCAGUGUCGACAUCGAGCAGGAAAUAUAUGCAUUUAUUCAUACAACGACUGAAUUUAAAUAUCUGGAUAAAAUGAGAUGUUUUCGAAAACGCUCAGCAUUACCAGUCCUUGGGGUUCUAAUCUUUUGCCUGCUGUUCAUGAACUUGUACAUUGAGGAUGAGUAUGUUGUGGAAGAAGAUAAAAGACUUAGAUAUGUUUCUACUCACCCAUUAAACUCAGAUUCAUAUGGCAAUACAGUCAGGGAGUUCUCUAACUUCUCGACAUCCAUAAAUGUUACCUAUCAGAUAUUAGCUGGCAUACCAAUAGCAAGAAAACGUUUUCUAACAAUUGGCCUAUCAUCUGUGAAAAGGAAAAAAGGAAAUUAUUUGCUUGAAACUAUCAAGUCUGUAUUUGAACAGUCAAGCUAUGAAGAACUGAAGGAGAUAGCUGUAGUUGUUCAUUUAGCAGAUUUUGACCUAGCCUGGUGUGAAAGCAUUGUACAAGAUAUAUCAAGAAAAUUCUCACAUCAUAUUAUUGCAGGAAGACUGGCAAUUAUUCAUACUCCUGUACAGUACUAUCCUGUAUUAGAAGGCUUGAAAAGAAAUUAUAAUGAUCCUGAUGCCCGGGUGAAAUUUAGAUCUAAACAAAAUGUUGACUAUGCUUUCCUACUAAAUUUUUGUGCUAAUCUGUCAGAUUAUUAUUUAAUGCUUGAAGAUGAUGUUAGAUGUGCCAAGAAUUUCUUGACAACAAUUAAAAAGGUAAUAAAUUCCAGGAAAGGAUCAAAUUGGGUAACCUUGGAGUUUUCAAAACUAGGAUAUAUCGGCAAAUUAUAUAAUACCCAUGAUCUACCACGACUGGCUCAUUUUCUACUUAUGUUCUACCAGGAAAUGCCUUGUGAUUGGCUGCUGAUACAUUUUAGAGGCCUGUUAGCCCAAAAAGAAGCAAUUCGAUUUAAGCCAUCUAUUUUUCAGCAUAUGGGAUAUUAUUCUUCCUACAAAGGUGCUGAGAACAAACUGAAAGAUGAUGACUUUGAAGAAGAUUCACUUGAUAUACCUGAUAACCCAUCGGCAAUUCUCAGCACAAAUAUGAACACAUUUGAAAAUUAUGAAGUUAAUAGGGCUUAUAGUAGUGCUGAAGAAUAUUUCUGGGCCAAGCCUACUUCUAGCGGAGACUUUUAUCACAUUGUCUUUGAGAAACCUAUAAAAAUAAGCAAAAUCAAAGUCAGCACAGGAACAGAAGAUCGCCAAAAUGAUGUUCUACACCAUGGUACCCUGGAGGUUGGAGAAAGAUUGGUUGGGACUAAGAAGAACAAAAAAUGUACAACUUAUCUUAGGUUAGGUGAUUUCAUAAAUGGGAACUUUGAAAUGGACAAUAUAGACCGCAAAGUUCUUUUUAAUAUUGACUGCAUUCGAAUUUUAGUGACUAAGAAUCAAAAUGAAUGGCUAAUUAUUAAAAGCAUAAGUGUCUGGACUACUGAGACACUGAGCCAAUGA